AUGUCUGAGUCUCCCAGAUCCGAGAGGUACAUGUACCUAACUAGGUACAGUACCCCGGUACCCGAACUGGAUGAUCACCGCCUCCAGAUGCAGACGCCUCCACGAAUUGAGGCCCCGGUCGAGCGUUCUUAUAGCCCGCGCGAUACCACCCAAGGCCCUGAAAUGAUUGAUCGUCCAGACUUACUCAGUCCGCAAGAUGCCCGAAGGGACGGACCAAUCCCCCGAGACUUCGAAAAUGCCGCGGAAGACGACCGUUCGCUGAACGAGUUGAAUGGACUCGGUCGACGAUUCUCAGUCGACCAUAACGGCACUUACCAGACCCCUCGUCGCAUCAGCGUCGUGAACCCGGAUCUCGCCAACGCUUCCUGCGCCUCGUCUGUGUCCGCUCGAUCAUCCUCUCCUCCCAAUUCAGUCGAAGCUUUUGCCGACCCGCGUCGCCGUGAGCGCGCCAAUACCCUGGACAGCCAUGCGCCUCCCGACCUAGAAGCUAUCCUGCAACGCACCGUUUCGGGUGGUACCCACAACCGGCGUCCGACUUUCAGUAACGCCAGUGUCAUCCGCCCUCAAUUGGGUGAUGUGCCAUUCGACACGACAGAGGAGGCUUGCUUCGACGAACCAGGCCGUAUUCCCGUCAUUGAUUACGAGGAACUUGAAGAAUUCGUGGCUCUGAAUCCGAGCACCAAAGUCGGCGAUGGCGAUCGUCGCAAGCACAGCAUGAGCUCGCAGAGCAAGAGGCCCCGCAUCUUCUACGACCUCCGUCCUGGUGCCGAGAGCCCUGAGAUGGGUGCAAUCAAAAAGACCAGCUCGUCUGAUACAUUGAGUCAAGAUGAAAAGAAGGGUGCUGAGGUUACAGAUGAAAAGGAGCGGGUCAAGCCUCUCCAGAAUACAACCCAGCGCUCUCGCUUUGGGUUCUUUUCGUCCGAGUCUCAAAGCACAGUUCAUGCUGCCGAUUUGGGAGAUCUGGUGCUCCCUGGGGAAACCUUCCGAGAUCUUUUCGAGCUUGGACCGGAGGGAGGUGUGUGGUGGUUGGAUGUGGUUAACCCCACCGAUGAGGAAUUGGGAGCUAUCUCGCGGGCUUUCUCUAUUCACCCGCUGACAACGGAGGAUAUUCAAACCCAGGAAGCCCGCGAGAAGGUUGAAUUAUUCAAACAGUACUACUUUGUCUGUUUCCGGACCUUCUUCCAAAUGGACAAAACCAGCGAGGAAUUCCUCGAGCCUGUCAAUUUCUACAUGGUUGUCUUCCGAGACGGUGUCCUCACUUUCUCUUUCGAGGAGAACCCCCACGCAUCCAAUGUUCGGAAACGUAUUGGAAAGCUGCGAGACUAUGUAUCUCUCAGCAGUGACUGGAUCUGUUACGCGAUGAUCGACGACAUCGUGGAUAGCUUCGGCCCCGUGAUUCGAGAUGUGGAAUUGGAGUCCGAGGCGAUCGAAGACCAUGUAUUCAUCGCCCGAGUCGACGAUUUCGAAUCCUUCCUCCCUCGCAUUGGAGGCCUGCGCAAGAAAGUCAUGAGUUUGAUGCGCCUGCUAGGCGGCAAGGCCGAUGUCAUUCGUGGAUUUUCCAAGCGCUGCAACGAGCAGUACUCGGUUACUCCCCGUGGUGAUAUUGGUCUUUACCUGGGUGAUAUCCAGGAUCACGUCGUGACCAUGAUGUCGAACUUGGCGCAUUUCGAAAAAAUGCUCAGCCGGUCUCAUACCAAUUACUUGGCUCAGCUGAAUGUUACCAACUUGGUGCUGGGAAACCACGUCAACAAGGUUCUCAGCAAGGUCACCCUGAUUGCUACGAUUCUGGUCCCCAUGAACCUGAUCUGUGGUCUGUUCGGUAUGAACGUAGAAGUUCCCGGCGCGCACACAGAGGGAUUGACGUGGUGGUUCGGUAUUCUUGGAGUGAUGGCAGGUAUUGUUGUUGUGAGUAUUGGCCUAGCUCGCUGGCAGAGGCUGGUUUGA